UUCUGACUCCGUAACCCCGCUGAGAAGAACCCACGCAGCUUCCCUCACCGGCCGCAGCAGCGUCCCUCAAUCUGGAUCGGCAUAAAUGAAUGAGCCACAAAGGAAUAUCGCCAGACGAUCGCAACCUGGAAACUCUCUCUUGUCAAACAAGACAACCAGGAGGAUUCUAUGUCGAGCUUGACAGGCAGCUCAGCGUGACGUUUUAUGUCUGGAACUUCAUCUCAAGAUUGUCAAAUGCGUGAAACGGCGGCCGGUGUUUUCUGCCCCCCUCGCAAAGGAGUCACGCUGUGAUUAACGGAUCAGGUUUUUGACUGGCAGGACAAAUGAAUACAAAUGAAUUUAGGCACCCGAAGGAGAGAUUGCAGAACCUCUCAUCUAGAUACAAAGAGAGCCCUAUUGCUCUGUACAGUUUUAUAUUGUACUUGUUACCUGGGACUUACACAAGUACACUCUGAAGAUGUUGAUAUCCUCCAAAAGUUGGGGCUUAAGGGACAGAAGCCGUCACGUUCUGUGCCAGAAGGGGUCAUUCCAUUCAGAGCAGGGAUCAUCCUCAACCAGAGGGCGCAUAUUGAGGCUCCAUUGCACUCAGUCCUUCCAGCGGCCAUCUGGCCCAAGUUGGCACUGGUCCUGAGUGUUCGCUCACAUCGUGUAAACAGUGCUUUCCUCUUCACUCUGCUUUCAAGCAAAAAGAAGCUCCUUCUUGGUUUGCAGCUUGUACCAGGUAGUCUAGUCCUACACACAGGACUGAACACCUCAGUGACACUGCCCUAUGAGCCCCAUGAUGGCCAGUGGCACCAGCUGGCACUGGAAAUUAAUGGAAAGACAGUGACUCUAUAUGCCUCCUGCGGAGAGCAGAGUGUCCAGGCAGACUUUGGGUGGGACAGUGAGGAGGGACUGGCUCCAGAACUCCAAGGCUCCUUCUUGCUGGGGAAGUCAAGCCAGCACCAAGCAUCAGGAUACUUUGAAGGAGCAAUUUGCCAGUUUGAUCUGGUCCCUUCUGCACAGGCAGCUCACAACUACUGCAAAUACAUUAAGAAACAAUGCAGGGAAGCUGACACUUACAGGCCUAACCUUUCUCCUUUACUACCUAUUCUACCAAGAGUAACAAACAUUUCAGCUACUCUUACUACCCCUAAGCGUGGUGAUUCAGACACCGCAAGGAAGACCACAAAGUUGAGCCUUGCCAGGAAUGUCGCCGCUGCUGCCUCAGCUGUUAGGUAUGUGACCUCCACCCAUAAAAAAAAGCUAAAUCAGACAACCAUACCCACUCCCCUGCUAGUAACUGUGAUGCCAACCACAUCCCAAUUGGGUUUCGUCGUCCCUUCUUCCCUAACCAAGACUGAAACUGUAACAGCACCACUCAGGACACCAGCGCCGCAUGCAAAAUCUCCAACCCCAAACUUGAAAGCGUCAGAUCACAAAACUGCUAAGCCCACACCACCACCAAAGCCUACUCAUCAAAGCAACUCAAAAGAGACUAUAACAACAGACAAGAAGAAAUGUACCACUCCAACCACCAAAUCCCCCAAAAUCAAAAUUGACACUGUUUUACAAGACCAAGCUAGAGUCCUAAACCAACCUCAGCCCACAACACCCAAGAAAAUACUCCCCAAGUCUAAGGUUUCUCCAUCCAAAGUUUCUUUGCCCAAUUCCCAACCAGAUUAUGUCAAAAUUACCCCCUCUAAACCAACACUAUCCAAAGAAAAAUCAUCAGUCCCGAAAACUAUAACUGCUAAGCCCCCAAAGCCAAUUUCUAAACAAACUACCAAGCCAACAAAGAAACCCAAAACUACCAAGGCUUCAGUCACUCCUCGACCUACCAAGCCUACAGACAUAGUAACACCACCUGCUACUGAUGAUUUCCAGAGCUGGGAGGUGCCACCAACACAGUUCUCAAUGCUGACAGGACCAAAGGGAGAGAAAGGAGACCCUGGCCCACCGGGACUGCCAGGACCUUCAGGGAAACCAGGCCUGCCAGGCAAGAGGGGUCCGCAGGGCGAACCUGGCCCUCAUGGGAAUCCUGGUAGACCUGGUCCACCUGGACUAAAGGGGAAAAAAGGAGAUCCUGGCAUUUCACCUGGCCCAGCACCUAAAGGAGAGAAGGGAGACUCAGGGACUAUUGGCCCUGUUGGACAGCCUGGACAAGAGGGCCGAAAGGGACAGAAAGGAUACCCCGGUCCAUCCGGACUUCCUGGAGAGACAGGAGAGCAGGGUCCAAUCGGAAGCCCAGGUGCCAAAGGUUAUCCUGGCAGGCAGGGUUUACCAGGACCUAUUGGACCAAAAGGGCUGAAAGGCAUUCGGGGUUUCAUUGGAAUCCCAGGCCUUUUCGGCCUGCCUGGCCCUGAUGGCGAAAGAGGAAUUCCGGGUGAACCAGGGAAGAGGGGCGAGAUGGGUAGGCCGGGGUUUCCAGGGGAUUUUGGGGAGAGAGGGCCACCUGGACCAGACGGAGAGCCAGGUGACCUAGGAGCCCCUGGUCCGAACGGAGUCCCUGGAUUAAUUGGUGAUAUGGGGCCUGUGGGAGAAAUGGGCCCUCCCGGACCGACUGGACUCAAGGGGGUACCCGGAAAUUCUGGAGAACCAGGACUGAAAGGUGAUAAGGGGGACGUUGGGAUUCCUGGACAGCAGGGGGAGAUUGGGUUCAAAGGAGAUAAGGGUAUCCAAGGAGCGCCAGGUUUACCGGGCAUUCGUGGGAAACCAGGACCACAGGGGAAACUAGGAGAGAAAGGUCCUGAUGGAGCACCUGGACCACCAGGCCCAGAGGGUUUUCCUGGUGACAUGGGACCACCGGGAGAGAACGGCGUCGAAGGACCAAAGGGAAAAAUAGGAGACCGAGGUUUACCGGGGCCCCGAGGGAUUCCUGGCCUGGAGGGAGACGAGGGUCCGAUCGGGCCACCGGGACCAUCAGGACUUGAGGGUAGAAUGGGAAGAAAAGGAUUUCCUGGGAAGGUUGGUCCAGAGGGAGUGAAGGGAGAAGCCGGUGUCCCAGGAAAAGUUGGGUCCAUGGGAGAAAGAGGAUUGGUGGGUUUCAUCGGACCUGUGGGAGAGGCAGGGCUGGCAGGAGAGAAGGGAGACCGAGGAGAAAUGGGCCUUCCCGGACCACCCGGAGUAAAAGGAUCAACGGGCCACCCAGGGACACCGGGUGAGACUGGACCUCCUGGACCACCAGGAAGACCAGGCCCUGCCGGAGCAAGUGGGCCAGCCGGCACCAGAGGACCCAAAGGCUUGCGGGGAGCAAUGGGGCCUGAUGGUCCAACAGGAGAGAUGGGGUCAGAGGGCAAGAAGGGUUCUGAUGGACCUCCAGGAAAAAUAGGUUUCCCAGGAUCACAGGGAAAGAUCGGAGAGCCGGGAGACACUGGGCCAAAAGGUUUUCCAGGAAUCCAAGGGCCUUCUGGACCUCCAGGGGAAAAGGGAAUAGCCGGCGACCCAGGACCACCCGGACCACCAGGAACUGUUGGAUUGUUAGGAGAAAUUGGUCCAAAGGGUCCUGAUGGCAAAGAGGGCGAACCAGGACUUCCAGGCGAACCUGGGGAGAAGGGGGGGCUUGGACCAGCAGGGAACAUCGGAGAGCAAGGACUCAUAGGACAGAGGGGAGAGCCAGGCCUAGAGGGAGAAGCUGGUCCAGCUGGUCCUGAUGGAGCAAAGGGAGAAAAAGGUGACAUGGGUCAGGAGGGUGACAAAGGUGAAAAAGGUGAAACUGGACUAAAGGGAAAGGAAGGUCCAUCUGGUAGUCCUGGACUCACUGGCGUCCGGGGUUCAGAAGGAAAGCCCGGUAAAAUCGGUGAACGAGGCAAACCAGGCCUAAAGGGGGCCAAGGGUCAGCUGGGUCACCUUGGAGAAACUGGAACAGUGGGAGAGACUGGACCGCCAGGAUUUGUAGGGCCAAAGGGUUCCAGAGGGACUAUAGGACAUGUGGGAGCUCCGGGCCGAAUGGGUCAACAAGGUGAAAUUGGUCUUCAAGGCUAUGAGGGCCAUCUGGGACCACAGGGCCCCAUGGGGCGUCCAGGACCAAAAGGUGAAAAGGGUGAGCAGGGUGAUGACGGGAAGCAGGAAGGUCCUCCUGGUUCUCCAGGUCUCAUGGGACCUCCAGGUGAUAGAGGAGAGAGGGGUGAAUCAGGAGACCCAGGGUAUAAAGGUCAAAUUGGUUUGGAUGGAGAACGAGGCAGAUCUGGAGCUCCUGGACAACCGGGUCAUCCCGGGCCUCGUGGACAAAAAGGACCCAAAGGGGCCAAGGGAGACCAAGGUGAAAAAGGCAAAAAAGGACAACCUGGACAAAAAGGAGCUAGAGGAACUGAGGGUGGGGGUGGUCCUCCUGGUCCCAGAGGUGUGGUGGGUCCAGAGGGGCAGGAGGGAGUACCUGGAGAGGAUGGAACCACGGGAAAAGAUGGAAGCAAAGGCAUGCCGGGAGAGCACGGUGAUGAUGGGGUGGUAGGGCUUCCUGGUAAAUCUGGUGGACGCGGCAAAACUGGCGUUCCAGGACUCCCCGGGGAUCAGGGAGGAGUAGGACCAAAGGGGGAGCAGGGUCUUCGAGGCCAGAGUGGACCUUCGGGAAAAAGGGGUUUCAAAGGUGGAAUGGGACAACAGGGGCCACAGGGAGACAGAGGACCUAAAGGACAGCCUGGUGAUGCAGGAGAACAAGGUUUUCCAGGAGUUCUUGGAGUGUUUGGACCAAAGGGUCCUCCAGGAGACUUUGGGCCAAAGGGCAUACGGGGGCCGAAGGGGCCACAGGGUGCAAUGGGUGGAAGAGGAGUUGUCGGCCCUGUUGGAAUUAUUGGUCCCAAUGGAAGUGCAGGUCCUAGAGGACAAAAAGGCAACCGUGGAGAGAAUGGAUUUCAAGGUCCUAGGGGAUCACCUGGACCUCGUGGACGUCCUGGACCUCCAGGCCCUCCUGGAAUCCCUCUUUCAUUUAAAGAAGAUGGCCUUGUGAUUGUUGAUUCGCCCAAUCCUGUCAGGACUCAGCAUAGACCAGCAAUGGACCUGCCGAUGCUCGACCAGGGAGCAGAGAUCUUCAAGACCCUCCACUACCUCAGUAACUUGAUCCAGAGCCUGAAGAACCCACUGGGCACUCGAGACAAUCCCGCCCGUAUCUGCAGGGACCUUCACAGUUGUGAACAGAAGUUAAAUGACGGCACUUAUUGGAUAGAUCCCAAUCUUGGUUGCUCAUCUGACACAAUAGAAGUCACCUGCAGCUUUACUGGUGGUGGACAAACUUGCCUUAAACCAAUAACGGUUUCCAAGCCGACAAUUGAGGUUGGCCGUGUCCAAAUGAACUUCCUGCACCUCCUGAGCUCAGAGGCUAUUCAGCACAUCACCAUCCACUGUCUGAACAUCUCAGUUUGGAGGUCAGCUGAGAAUCAGCUCCCAGACCAUCGGUCUGUGAGAUUCAAGGCCUGGACCGGAGAAGUGUUUGCAGUGGGAGGGGAGCUCGAGCCAGAUGUUUUGGAGGACUCCUGUUGGAGAAAAGAUGGGCGCUGGCACCAGACCCAGUUUGUGUUCCAUUCCCUGGAUCCAACCCUGCUCCCUGUGAUCGACAUCUACAACCUCCCAAAAACAAACUCUGCAUCACAUUACCACCUGGAGAUCGGUCCAGUUUGCUUUCUUUGAGGGCCACAGCGUCAGUCUUCUGAGCACAAAGGGAAGGACAACCUCCCCCUGCAAAUCACCUUCAUGUAGGCGUGGAGACCAGAAAGGUCAUGUAAUCGUGACCUUUCACGAUUACAUGACAAACAUUGUCCAAGUGAGAAAAAAACUCACUGCCUUCCCUCCCGCCCAAAACAGACACUGCUUCACAACCAAACUCCUAGUGGACUGCAAGCAGAGAGAAAAGGAGGAAGCAGGGAGAGCAAGGCGGCGGGGUUACAGGAGCAGGGGAGUUCUUGCACUACUGGCUUCUCAGACCAACAAAUGCUUCCUCAAGCUCCAUCGGGCGGAUCUCCAUGUUAAAGGAUAAAAUACCACGCAAUGUCUCCAGGACAUUUUAAGUGAAAGGAGGCCAAGUUCAGCAGUGAAUAUUUGAAGUAACUUAUUUCCACAACUGUAUACAGUCUGUAUACUUUGUGUAAUAUUCAGAUUUUGUCAUAGCACCUAAAGUAAUUGGGAUUUUGUAAAUAUAGAUAUAUAUAUAUAUAUAUGCUCUAUCAUUGAUUUUAUACAUGUAUGUCUUUUGUAAAUUAAUAAUCUUUAAGUGCAAUAGAUAAAAGUAAAAAAAUAUAUAUAUUUUGGAACAUAGAGCUUAAAACCAGAUGCUAGAGUACACUGUGCAAAAAAGCACAUAAGCUUUUUCUCCACAAUGUCUGACAUCAGAUUAGACUGUGCUUCUCUUGUUUUAGUUGUGUUAUUUGGAUUCGCUAAAUGCCAGAAUAGUAAGAGAUUUUUUAGAGAUUUCUUAAAAUGCUGUUCAAAUUCAGAGGCUUGCGUGCACUAUGUGGCUUUAAGAAGAUGGGUAAAUUCCAGAGUAUGAUGUCAUUUUUGCAAGCUUCUGGUAGGUUAAUUCAGGGUGUUUUAGUUGAAUGAGGAACAUGACUGUUGCUUUAUUGUAAAUCAAUACCUAAAAAGGCACUGCUUCCUUGUAAAGAAAAAAAAAAUCUGCUAAGAUAGAGAAACAGAAAAUUGUGGACCUUCACAAGUCUGGAUUAUCCCUGGGUAACAAUUUCCAGAUUUCUGAAUCUGUCACAUUCAUCUCUUCAAACAACUACAUACAAAUACAAACAGCGUGAGAAUAUUCAGUCAUACCUUCAAAGAAAGAGGCAGGUUAUGGAUCCAUGAGAUGAACACGUUUUGGUGCUAAUGUAUGUAUCACCCCCGAAACAGAAAUGUAAGGCUGGGAAGAGGGAUUCAUUAUCGACUGUGAAAUGAGUCCUGUGUCGAAAUGUUCAGAAAGGCCACUCUCCGAAGAAGAAGUCAUCAUGGCAAAAGCAACAUAAAAAUCGGAUCACAGUUUGCAAAUACACUCAGGGACAACUUUUGGUGAAAAAGAAGGACAUUUGCAAGACUGAGAACACCGCUCCAUGCAUGAAGCAUUGGGUUGGCAGCAUACUAACAAUGUGUGGGUGUUUUGUUGCAGUAGGGUGUUCUGCACUUCACAAAAUAGAUGUUAUGAUGAGGACAGAAACAUUAUGUUGAAAUAUUGAAGCAACAUCUCAAAACAUUAUCCAGGACGUUAAAGCUUGUCCGCAGUGUUCCAAAUGGACACUGAUUGGCAGAGCCCCGAUUUCAGUCCCAUAGAAAUCUUGGGAAUUAAUAUUUACCACAGUCAUGCAGUUUAAAUGACAAAUCUACCAGACACAAAGAACGUACACAUACAAAGUGCAAAGCAUUGUUUUUAUUCUCUUUCUGAUCAUCCUGAUAUUCAGCAUAUAUUAGUAAUUUUGGUAACUACCCUAAAAUAGGAAACAUUCAGUAUGCUUUUAUGACAGACAAUGAAGAGAAAAGUUGUUGUGUCUUUUAAUACAAUGUAUGCAAGUAUCUGGUUUAAGCUGUUUAUGGAAGAUUUUUUUUUUUCAUGUCAAAUGGGGUGCCAUUUUACUUGCCUUUGGUGCUCAUCUGUUCAUGGUAUUUCACAGGUGAAUUUAUCCAAAUCAUAUAUUUAUGUAUUCUGAAAAGAAGAUUUACAUUUUCUUCUUGCUGUGAGAAGGACAGUGGUCACAAGCCGAAGCCAAAAACAAACGAAUGCCACUGACGACUGGAAGGGCUAUCGAUAUCAGACUGAGGAAGAGGAAGACAAGCUUAAGUUCUCAGUAGUGUUUUAGUAAAUCUUCUCUAACUGUGGAUUACAGCUUCAGGUUCUUGCUUCCUCACUAAUGAAUAAAAACAGAAUACAUAGUCGGCACCAGCUGAGCAUUUAAAAUCAAAACGAGUACAUGUAUAGGGUGUCCAUAAAGGAGAUCUGAGCCACAGAAGAAUGGAGAGCGGGUACAGGAAUCAAAACGGAAACCUCCAUCUUUUAUCCCGGUGCUGAGAACAUUUUCAAAGGUGCUAGUGAUAGUGCUGUUAUACACCACUUUGCUAAACUAUUCAUAUGCAUAUAGUGCAUGCAGGCUUUGCUUAGUAAAAAAGUUUAUAUACAACUUACCCGUUCCAUUACACUACGCUACAUCAUGAGCCCAUUUAUCGUGACAUAAUUGCCAAAUUAUUUUUCAUUUCCACUCUGCAUUUAAAUAAAAGCUAAAUUUAAGCUUUUUGUUGUUUUGUUUUUUGUUUGUUUGUUUGUUUUUACAAUUCUCAAAUAUUUCAGUUUAUAUCCGGCAUAAAUCGCAGGGUUUAAACCAUUUCCAAAAAUAUGUACAAAGCCCCGCUGAGCUGUAUGUAAUAUUUUUAGCAACUAGUAGAAAGUUUUUACAGGGCAAAAAAAAAAAUAUUGUAGCUGGAAUCAAGUGUAUAUAAUUCUGUAAACCUUGCUGUAUACAGUGGAUUCCCUCUUGCUAAUUUAAUGUUAUUUAAUGCUGUUAAUGUGGUUGCAGAUUGCGCAAAUUUCUGCUAGUUAAAGCAAAACUAUUCUUAUUGACAAUGUUAUAUAGCCGUGCUCCCAACUGGUCUUGAAGUUUAUGGGUUUUUUAUGUGUAAAUUUGGGGCUCCAGAGAACAAAUUUAUUGCAAUAUUAUUUCUUUUAUUUUUCUAAUUUUUUUAAUUGUUUUUAUUUCUUUCAUGAUAAUCAACCAUGUACUGUAUGAGAACUGUGCUCUUCUAUAACUUGUGUUUUAAGGAAUUAUGCAAAUAUGUGAAAAUGGUUUCUACUUUUUUUUUUAUAAAUCUUUCCUGAAAAUGAGCUAAGAAUACCUCAUAAUUUUACAUGAGCAAAAAUUUUCUAUUGCAUUCAUAAUUGAAACCUGUUUGAAAAUAUCAGACAAAUGCAGCAAAGCAUCAAACUUUGAAUGAGAUCAUUUCUGGUGCAUUCAUCUCUUAUUUGUCCGCUCUUUAGUCAUUGUUCAGUGUCUGUUAAAUAAAUACUUUAAAUUUG